AUGACACCACAGCCGCCCCAACCGAGGCACAACCCAGACGGCAACGGCGCACCCCCUCGAUCCAGCACCGAUCCGCAGCACAAAGGGACAAGGGGUGCAGACGAGGACGACGGCAAGCAAGAGAACGAUGACGGCGAGGAUGACGACGGGGACUCCGGCGAGGACGACGACGACGAAGACGAUGAUGAGGAAGAGGAACCACAGCUCAAGUAUGCGCGGUUGACCCAGCACUUGAGCCCCGUGUACCGCAACGGAGAUGCGACGAGCGCCUUCAUCGUCGCUGGCGACAAGAUGAUUAUUGGGACUCACAAUGGCAACAUCCAUGUCGUCCAGCUACCAACCUUCCAAUCGCUGCGUGUCUACCACGCCCACGCGGCCUCCGUCACGAGCAUCUCGAUAUCCCCGUUUCCGCCGCCGUUACCCAACGACAAGAUCGAUGCUUCCUUGCGCCCUGGCACUACCCAGCCGCGACCUGCAUCUAGACAAUCAGGCGUUGCUUCACCGGCUGCAACGUCGAGGAGGAUUAAGGACCCCGCGCCGCUGCCAAGACUUGCCUCCAACGAAAUAUACAUAUCGACUUCCUCAAUGGAUGGCAACGUUUGCAUCCAAUCACUCAUGGACGUAAAGGAUGUUCAGCUGCGAAACUUUGCCCGUCCGGUGCAAGCCGUUUCCCUCUCACCGGAAUACAAGCUCGACCGGACCUACCUGUCAGGCGGCCUGGCAGGGACGGCGGCAGCAGCCGCUUCUGGCUGGCUGGGCAGCAUGGGCUUGAGCCACAACACCGGCAAAGAUACCAUUCUCCAUUCGGGGGAAGGCACCAUUAGCUCCAUCAAGUGGUCUCUCUCCGGUAAAUACGUCGUCUGGCUCAACGAGUAUGGCAUCAAGGUCAUGCGCUCAAAGCUACAUCUCGAGAGUGCGGACUCGGAUCACGCCUGGAAGCGCAUUGCUCACAUCGACAGGCCCCAGACAGACGAGUGGGAAACCAUGGCGGGUGUCUGGAAGGGCCGGGCUGAGUGGAUCGACGAGAAAGCCAUCGAGAGUGGCGAGAUGGGUCAAGGGGUCCAUGCCGAUUCUUCUUCCGCUACUGCCACUUCCGUCAGGCUGCGGGAGCAGAGUGUCCUGAGUAAAAGAGCAGUGGAACGGCUCCUCGUCGGCUGGGGGGGGACCAUUUGGAUCAUCCACGUCCAUGAAGGGGGCCCAGGGUCGCACAAGAACGCUGGCGAAAAGGCCAUUGGGCGAGCAGAGAUUGCCAAAAUUCUUCGAAUGGACUGCAUUAUUUCCGGCAUUUCCUUAUAUACCCAAAACUUGUUACUUGUCCUCGCAUUCUGUUCACCGCAUGACGAAGAUGAAAACGACGAGGCGGACAAAUCUGCCAAGGGCGGCAAACGCAGCUUGUCAAAAGGCUCUGAGGACAGCGAGCCGUCUAGAGUGUUGCGUCGUCGGCCGAGCCAUCAGCCGCCCGAGCUCAGACUCAUCGAUCUCAACUCGCAAGCCGAAGUCGACAAGGACGGUCUGAGCGUUAGCCGAUUCGAGAGGCUGACUUCUGCCGACUACCACCUGGGGGUCUUGCCGGCUCACACAGCCGCGUCCACCGUGGCGUCGAAAGGAACCCUCGAGGCACUCGCUGGCCUGGGCACCGAUAUGUGGAACGCUGCGAUCAACCCCAAGUCUCUCUUCAGUUCCGGGGCGAGCAUCAGGAGCAGAGAUAGUGGCGACGAUGCGGGAGGUGGCUCCAGAGCUGCAAGCACUGCAGGGACUGUUCGUUCGAUCAAGGGCGCGAAGCCGACGGUGCACCCCAGCUUGGUGAAGCCGGGGGCGAAAAUCUUUAUUCAUAGCCCAUACGACUGCAUUCUGGGCACCAAGAGGGAUCUGGCUGAUCAUUUAUCCUGGUUAUUGGAGCACCAACAAUAUGCGCGAGCGUGGGAACUAUUGGACGAGAACCCCGAUAUUGUGUCUGCGGUGCCAGAAAGACUGGCCGACAUUGUCUCGACGCCAUCAAAGCACCACCCAGGCACCGACGACUUUUACGACGAUGAGUCCGUCUCAGACCCAGCGCAGAGGAGUAAUUAUUCUUCAGCCGAGAAGGAGAAGAGACGGAUCGGCGAGUUGUGGAUUCAGGAGCUCGUCGAGGAGGGCAGCUGGGAAACGGCGGGUCAGGUGUGCGGCAAAGUGCUCACAACUCCUGAUCGAUGGGAGAAAUGGGUUUGGACGUUUGCGGGCGCAAAGAAGUUUGGCGAAAUCACAAACCACAUCCCUUCGACGCCGAUGCACCCGCCGCUGCCCUCCACUAUAUACGAAGUUGUCCUUGGCCAUUACCUUCAAACAGACAAACCACGAUUCAAAGAGCUUUUAGAGCUCUGGUCGACCGAUCUCUUCGAUGUCAGCAUUGUCAGCACGGCUUUGGAGAAUCAACUCAAGUUCCGCGACGUUCGCGAGGACAGCGUCGACAAUGGUGAAAAGGGCCGGAACUGGCGCAUCGUCAUGGAGAGCCUGGCUCGGUUAUACGAGGCGGGCGGAAGGAACCGAGAGGCCCUGAAAUGCUGCAUCAAGCUCCACGAUGCUGACUCGGCGUUCCGUCUCAUCCGGGAUGGCCACCUUGCGGAGGCGGUGGCAGACGACAUUCCCAGUUUUAUCGCAUUGAGGGUGGAUCCUGAGCGCCAGAUGAGCGAACAGGAACUCGGGGAGGCGACAUCUGAAGCAAUUACUCUCCUUGUCGACGAAGCGCAGCACGGCCUUGUGCGCCCGGAAGUGGUUGUGGAGCAGCUGCAAGGACAGCAACUUUAUCCUUAUUUCCAGUCCUUGGUGGACGACUUUGCUGACCUGGCGGUGCAUCUCUUCUCCAUGUACGACAGGCCGAUGCUGAUGGAGUUCCUCAAGUCGUCGACCUCGUACACCUUCGAAAAGGCUGUACAAGAGUGCGAAUCCUUUGAAUACCACGACGAGCUGGUGUAUCUCUACUCCAAGACGGGUCAGAUGAAGCGCGCACUCUACCUCAUCAUCGACCGCCUGAAAAACGUGGAAAAGGCGAUUGAAUUUGCAAAGGAACAAGACGACCCAGACCUAUGGGAAGACUUGCUCAACUACAGCAUGGACAAACCAACCUUUAUUCGCGCGCUGCUUGAACAAGUCGGGACAGCCAUCAACCCCAUCACUCUAGUGCGGCGAAUACCAGAAAAGCUGAAAAUCCAGGGUCUCAGGGAGGGGCUCACACACAUGAUGAAGGAGCACGAACUCCAGCACAGCAUCAGCUCUGGCGCGGUACGCGUCCUUCGUAGCGAGCUAGCCACGGCCCAGAAUGAGCUUCGCGCAGGGCAGCGCAGGGGCAUCAAGUUCGAGGUCGUGCCACCGUCCACGGGGCAAGCAAGAGCCAAGUCCAACAAGGCCACGAAUGGUGUCGAGGCGGCAGCCUCCAGAGACGACGGGGCAGACGAGAAGACGGAACACGAGAGGCUUGCUCCGCUGCCUGGACGUUGCGCGAGCUGCUCUAUGCUCUUUACCGAGUUUGAGAUGGAAACGCUCGUGGGUUUCGCUUGCGGUCACGUCUUCCACCUCAGCCAUUUACUGGAGAUGCUUCACAAAGGGAAGGAGGCGGAUGUCGACCUUGGAGGGGAGAAUGGCGAAGGCGGUAGAUAUUCGAUCGGCAUGAAGGUCAUGAGGGCCCGGUUGCUGAGGGACAGGGUGAGGGGGGGUUGUCCAAUUUGCGCAGCGAGGGCAACGUAG